AUGGCGAACAUAAAGGUAACUUAUGGUCAAAUCUCCCGCCGUUUCAAAAUCUCCCCAACCACCAAAUGGUUAGACUUCGAAUCACAACUUCGUUCCCUAUUUAAAAUUCCUAUGAACACAUCGAUCACUGUUUCUUAUAAUGAUGAAGACGGCGAUGUCAUCACGCUUUCUAGUGAUCUUGAACUCUUAGAAGUCUUAUCCCCUACUCGAGAAUAUGACAGUGAAAAUUUGAAAAAUAGUGAUAGUGCUCUAUUAAAAUUCGUAAUAACCGUAUCUGAUGAAGAGGAUGCGCAAUUGGAUAAUGGUUGGAUGUUUGAAGGUAACACGAUGAAUACUAAAAGAGGAUGGUUUAACUCGACCAAUAAUAAAAGUAAUGAAAAUAGUGACGAUGAGAGUUAUAACAAUAAUGUGAAUUAUAGUGAUAACGAAGGUAGCUCUGGUGAAGGUGAUUUCUCGGAAGAAAUCAACAACCAGGAGUCCAUUAAUACACCGGUACAUAGACAUGUGGCUUUGUCGGAAGAAACUGAAGAACCAACUUUCGAACCUACAAUUUACCCUGUACAAGCACCACAAAAUGAAGAAAAACAGCAAAGAGUGUCCGAAACAUUACAACACGAGACUAUUGGUGAAACUUCGUCUUCGUCCAAUUCUGAUGCCACACGAAAUGAAGAAAAACAGCAAAGAAUGUCCGAAACAUUACAACACGAGACUGUUGGUGAAACUUCGUCUUCGUCAAAUUCUGAUGCCAUGGUCAAUCACCUAGGGUUCACGACCAAGAAUCACAAGAUUCAGAAGACCACGAAAACCUGA